AUGGCGCCAGCACCGCAACGCCUACUCUGGCUCACCAUAGCUCUCUUGGUGUCUCUGGUAUCAGCAGCUUCACCACCAACAUUUUGCAAAUGCACUUGCUUCAAGAACAGCACAAUUAUACCGCUCGGCCCCGAGACAUUCACAAAUGGCGACCAGACCGAAGACCCGUCAUCGUCGGCAAACAACCCCGUAGCUGCUGCUGAGCGCCGGUCGUCAUCGUCUCUCCUCCUAGACGGUGGUGACGAGGUCCCCGACGACUACCAUACCCCCCCUGCUGCUGCCGCUGCCGCUGACGACGCCGACGUUCUGCAACAACGACAACGAAGACUGCAAUCACUCCAACCCCGAACCGCUUCCACCUCCUGCUCAGAGUGCACUCGAGCCUUCUGCCUUAAUCAGGGUAUCGACAUUUGCCGGGGCGCCGAGGAGGAUGAUGUCAUUACACUCUGCUUCAAGCGCGACAGUAACAAGGACAAGCUCAUUGUUUGGGGGUUCGUCAUCGGCAUCGUCGGACUUCUCGGCUGGGCUGCUGCCAGGAGAUUCUUUGCAUGGAGGGCCACGCAGCGCGUUCCAUCUCCUUCUCAGAGUAAUCCGAGGUAUGCGCCCGUCUCUACUGACGGAGCGUGA